UAUAUGUGAGCCCGGUCGGUUGGCUUGGCGGUCCGAUUGGCGAUGGCAGCGAACGCGAGAGAAGCCCGAAGAAAGAAAAUCUUGGAGCGCGGAUCCGACCGAUUAGCCCUUAUAACGGGUCGGAUCGAAAAUCGUUCGCCUCCUCGUUCGGCUUCUUCCCACUCCCAACCAACCGAUGCUUAUGCGGAUUCAUCACCUGGGCCGUUCAGUGUAAACGAUCAAGCUAUUCCCCUCGUAUUUUCCCAUCCUAACACCAGCGUUUCUCUUCAAGAUGAGGCAGAGGGGUCUGAUCCAAUUUUAUUAGAACCUGAUCCUGUUAUUGAUCCAGACCACUCUGAUGCUUGCACAAGCAGCAGCAAGACACCUCCUUGGCGUGAAUUAGAGCAUAAUCAGAUUUCAAAUGUGCCUACAUCUGAAGUUGAACAAGUGCAACUACCUCCAGGUUCAUCAGUUGUUUCAUCAGAAGUUGGUCAGGUACAACCGCCUCCAGAUCCAUCCAGUUUUAUUGUAGGAGCUGAACGACAGUCAUCAGUUCAGUCUCGGGACCCUAAACUUUUUAGAGAAAUAAGUUCUGCCAUUACUGCAUCAAAGAUUACCCGCCUUUGUUGUUCUGUUGUUGUAGCCCUGCUAGUAGUUUUCUCUUACCUAGGAUUUCCCUUGCUAGAUAACAAAUAUGUGAAGGGUAUACUAAGCUUUAGGCCGCUCUACCUGGUUUUAGUGACAAAUGUAACUGUUGUAGUUGCACAACUUCUUACUGGUAAACGAAGAGGUUCUGAAAGUGCUGCAGAAAGACCAAAUAGAACUUCUUCUGACUCAGAGCACUGGACUGAACAUCUUGGCAGGGCACUAGAAGCUGCCUUGGUGAUGCGGAAUGUGAUGGAUGCUAUGCUCAUGGACUGUGCUUCUUAUGCAAUUACUGUCAUAUGCGGCCUCUCCCUUGUGCAGUUGUUUAGCCAGUAAUUUUUCUUUUCUUUUUUUUUCCAAUUUACUCUGCCCCAAGAUCUGUUUCCUUUUCCAUCUGUUUGCCUGAUCUUGUUAUUUCUGUAAUGUGUGGAUUAGCCUUUACUGAAACAUCACUGACUUUUUGUUCACCUAUUGUCUGGGUUUCGCUUAUAUUGGUAAUGUAAUCUAUAUGUCUAAAUACAUAAUUACAUUAAUUAAUGUGGGGUAUUGUGCUUUGCAUAGAA